ACGUGACUUGCGGAAGUGACGAGCCCUGUGCUACAACAAAACAGUUCAGCCGUUAUCCACAAAUGGAUACAGGUGAGACAUUUUAUGUUGAACUUGCAUGUUGAUUGCUCAGACGACGACGAAGAAGAAAACAUCGGAGCCAAAACAGACAUUGAUGCAGUCGGAAGCUAACGUUUGCAUGUCAGAGCCUCUGCGUGUUAAGAUCUGUAACCUUAGCAGCUAGUUAGCUUACAACAGCUACCAUUGGACGGUCAUCGAUGGCUUCAAAGUAAGCCCUGCCUUUUUACAUGAAACUUGGACGUUCUCACAGUCAUUCACUGCACUUUGUAGUCCUGUAACCUAAUUUGUAAAUCAUGUCGAAAAUUGAGCGUCUGAACGCCCGUGUGGCGAAGCUGCUGACGGUGGCGGUGCAUGAGGUUCUGGAGGUGGUGAAAGAGACUGUGUCUGAGUACCAGGAGAAAACAGCCAGAACUCAGAGAGAGAACUUGAGUCUGAGGAGGAGACUACAGGAACUUCAGGAAAAGAUGAAGAGCGAGAACACAGCUCAACAGUCUGCCCCUGCUCCCACAGCCAUUUCAGGUAAAACCGAGCAGGAGGAGGGAAGCGAGGGCAGCCCCUGGCCGCAGGACCCAGAGUCUACACAGUACGAGGACAAACCAUUGCUCACCCAGAAACCGUGGAGGAGACUGGAGAUCGAGUACAACAACUCACUGGAGCUAGACCACUUGGAGGACUCUGAGACUGAGUGUAAUGUCACACUAACGUUAGCCGAGCGUAGCGGAGCGCCUCCCCAGAGGUUGUCACAGGUGACAGAGGCAGCCCUGACUGUACACAUGCCUCAUUCUCUGUGUGACGCCGACCUAGACUCCAUGCACACUGGACAUAUGUCCUCCAACAUGUUACCCCUAAGCCAUCCCAGCUCUCCUCCUCACCCAGGUCUGUUCUCGGGUGAAAUCAAAACCGAACCUGAGCACUUGGAAUAUUCCUCUGCCCCCCAAGAGACCCCAGACCAGAACCCAUUUUUUGAGUGCGAAGACUCGAAUAGUAGCGCAACACAUAAUCACAGUGCCCCGGAACCCAUGCAGAACAACCCGGAAAUGCACGGUGUAGUGCACUACAUCAACGCAGAAGGUCUAAACACCUUUGUGGACACGUUUCCCUUCACAUGUCACCCAGAGUUGGUCCAGGACGCCAGGCGACAAAAUAGGCCUCUGCUUAGGCGUGAGGAGAGCCACAGCUGCAUCCUGUGUGGGAAGACGUUCAGCCGGAUUGGGAAUCUUCGAAUCCACCAGCGCUGUCACACAGGGGAGAAACCCUACUGCUGCCUGCACUGUGGGAGACGCUUCAGUCACGCUGGGAACCUGCAGAAACACAAGAGGGUUCACACUGGGGAAAGACCGUAUGGCUGCCAACAGUGCGGCAAGACUUUCAGUCAGUCCAGUCACCUUAAGAAGCAUCAGAGAAUUCACGUUGUCAGGCAUCUUAGUGUUGAAUAAAGUUUCAGACUUUCAGAUUUAAUUGUCCUUGAAUCAAAAGUGAAGUGCAUUUGUUGAACUUUGGCCUGUUUGUAUGGAUGUUGGGGUGAUUUUUGUGCUGCACCCCCAAAGCAUAGUGUGCCACUUACUACAUGGUCACAAGGUAUAACGUAGACCACACUUUUUGAGAGUGAAAUUGGAGCUAGUUUGUGUAACAGCGUUGUCUGUCUCUCUCCAUGCUCGAACCAGGGACCCUCUGAACACAACUGUCUCCAAAGUAUCAUUAACUAUUGCUCCACAAAAGCUGCAGACUGGUGCACGCCGCUAACUAGCUAGCCAAAUUUUACAUUGGCUGCACUCAACCUACUUUGACCUCCACUGGACAAAGCCCAGCUGUGUGAUCCCGGUCAACAGCAUUCAUGUAACAGUGUUGCUUCCGUCCCUCUCCUUACUUGAACCAGGGACCCUAUGAACACACCAACAAACUGUCAUCCACAAAGCAUUGUUACCGGUCACUCCAUAAAAGCUCGGGCUUUUGCAGAGCAAGGGAAACCUCUACUUCAAAGUCUCAGAGCGGGUGACAUCUACUAGCGCGCACCACUAACUAGCUAGCCAUUUCACAUCGGUUAAACUGGGAUCAAACCAGCAACUGGCCUGUAGAGCCAACAACGUGACUGUGACUGCACUAACUGCAUUCCCAAUAGUCAACUCAUGGAAGUGUUUGUAAGAUCAUUACAAUGUGAGUUAUCUUAAUUGACAUAAUCAAGCAUGGAUCAAUACACGCUAUAUGGACUGACGGUGUGUAUGCAGCAUGUGUUUCAUAGAUAAGCUGUUCAAAUAAAUGUGUAAUUGGUU